CAAGAAACUUGUAUUUGUAUUAAUCAAAUUUUUUUGUACACCAAAACAAAUAUUAUAAUGACUACGUUAAUACGCAUGGCUAUUCUACUCCUGUCGUUGGCCGUUUGUGGCAGCUUGGCCAUACGUUGCUAUCAGUGCUCUUCGGACCAGGAUCGCAAGGGACAUGACAGCUGUGGCGCCUAUAAACGAUUUAAUCGCACUGAGCAUAUUUCUAUAGAGUGCAACAGCGAUGAGUCUCACAUGCCAGGGUCUUUCUGCAUGAAGGUAGUGCAACAGGGUCCACGCGGUUUCAUUUGGGAUGGUCGUUGGCGUCAGGUGAUACGACGUUGCGCGUCCGUUUCAGAUACGGGCGUAACUGGUGUCUGCAACUGGGGCGUCUAUGAGAAUGGCGUGUAUUGGGAAGAGUGCUAUUGCUCCAGUGAUGCUUGCAAUGCCGGCAGCAUACCCGGCGUCCACAAAUCGUUGCAAUUGCUAUUGGGAGUUGUUCUCAUAGUAGGCGCGUCUGCAAUUAUACGCAAGUGAACAGUAAAAGGCAAUAGCC